AUGGCAGCUCAGGAUACCAUGCAAGCGGUGGUGUUCAAGGGGAAAUUGGAGGUUGCGGUGGAAAGGAGACCGAUCCCGAAGAUUCAGGAUCCGAAAGACAUUAUCAUCAAGGUCAGGUACACGGCGCUGUGUGGCAGUGAACUGCACGUCUUCCGAGGCCACCAGCCAUCACCUACAGGAUUCAUCAUGGGCCACGAGUUCACCGGCGAAGUAGUCGAGACGGGAUCGGAUGUCAAAUCCGUCAAGAAGGGCGACCUGAUCGUCACGCCCUUCACCGUCAAUUGCGGCGAGUGCUUCUACUGCAAGAAGGGCUUCUCCUCACGCUGCGAGAAGUGCCAGCUGUUCGGCUGUGCCGUUCUCGACGGCGGCCAGGCCGAGUACUGCCGCAUCCCGCUCGCAGACGCGACCGUCGCGAAGGCGCCGCCGAAUAUCGACGAGAAGAAGUUGGUGCUCAUGGCCGAUAUCUUCCCCACCGGGUACUUCGCGGCGGCAAAUGCGUUCCGCGGGUUUGAUCAGGAGACCAUUGAGACCAGUGUGGUGGUGUUGAUCGGGUGUGGGCCCGUCGGGCUGUGUGCGCUGGUGAAUGCGCUGGAUUAUAAGCCUAAGGCGCUGCUGGCGGUGGAUGGUGUCGACGACAGGUUGGCGCUGGCGAAGAAGCUGGGCGCUGAGCCCUGGAAUUACUUGAAGGAUAAGGAGGGUCUGAAGAAGCGUGUUCUCGAGUUGACUGAUGGCCGGGGUGCUGACACGGCGAUUGAGAUCGUGGGACACAGUGAUGCCCUAGGGAUGGGCUUCGAGCUCCUCAGGCCAUGGGGCAAUAUCUCGAGUGUUGGUGUGCACAACGGCGAGAUCCCGUGGACUGGCAACCAGGCGUACGGCAAGAAUUUGCGGAUCCAGAUGGGGAGGUGCCCUGUUCGAAGUCUCUUCGAAAAAGCUUUGGACGUUCUGGCAAGGAAGCAGGACCAACUUGACUUUAUGGUUGAAAAUAUCAAGCCCAUGUCGGAAGCGGUCAAAUGGUAUGACGAGUUCAAUAACAUGCGGGUGCAGAAGAUCGUUUUCGAGGCAGAUAAAUAA